AGGAGGAGGAUCCGAGCUGUCUGGGGUCGGCUCGGAAAAUCACGCGGAGGCUCUUGCGUCACUGUCGUUACCUGCCGCCGCAAUCUGAUCGCUCCGACCGUUCCUGACCUCCAGCUCAGCUCUCUCCCAAGCUCGCCUGCUUUCUCGCCAUACAAGCGGAUUGCAUAUCACUCACUCAGAUCUAGACCCAGACGGUAUCGAUCGACUACCAAGCUUGUCGGUUCUAUCUACGAAGUCCAGAGGCCACCACUCCAAGUCGAUCAUGUUCCGGUCUGGCUACUGGGACGACGAUCCCAUGAACGGAGUCAUGGGUGGCUCUAUGUUUCGUCAUGGAGCUACUCGUCGCUUCGAUGAAUACUACCGCUGCUAUCCCGUCGCCAUGAUGCCCGGCCCCGAGCGAGAAAACGUUAACCACGGCGGCAAAGUCAUCAUGCCACCCAGCGCUCUGGACAAGCUAACCCGACUCCAUAUUACGUAUCCGAUGCUGUUCGAGCUUCACAACGGGGCGCGAGAGAGGUUGACACACGCCGGUGUGUUGGAAUUCAUCGCGGAAGAGGGGAAGAUCUAUCUGCCUUUCUGGCUCAUGCAGACUCUCCUUCUGGAACCCGGCGAUCUCGUGCAGGUCAAGUCGACUGACCUGCCCCCCGGUCAAUUCAUCAAGAUCCAAGCACAAUCCACCUCGUUCCUCGACAUAAGCGACCCAAAGGCCGUCUUGGAGAAUGCUUUCCGGAACUUCUCCUGUCUCACCAAGGGCGAUGUCUUCACAUUUGCCUACAAUGACCAGGUUUACGAGAUGGCAGUGCUGGAAACCAAACCAUCCAACAACACAAAUGCCAUCUCCGUCCUCGAAACCGAUUUGGAAGUCGACUUCGCACCCCCGGUGGGCUACGAAGAACCCCAACGCCCCAGUGGCACCAGCACGCCUCGCAGCGGGAUCAGUGGAAAACUGCCAGCUGGCGGGCUCCUUCAUCCCCACGGUACCAUGGCGCAGGCGAUUAAUUAUGCUGCCAUUGCUCCGGAGUCAACUGACGCUGCCACUGGCGCCCGGGCCGUGUCAUCGAACUUCCUCACGGGCGGUCAGCGUCUGAACGCUAAGAAAGGAAGCAAAACACCUACUCCGAAGGCAUCUACUCCGACCCCGGGAACUACGAACCCUCAGCAUCCCCCUCCCGUGCGAAAGGCGAACGGACCCCAGCCUCUGCGACUGCCGGCCAACCAACUGUUCUUUGGAUAUGCAAUCAAGCCGGUGAAAAAGCGCGAUGAGAGUGGACAAGUCGUGGAGGGCGACAAGCCUCGCUUCCAAGGGGCGGGUCAGACGCUUCGAGGCAAGAAGAAAGACACCAGUGGCUCCGCGACCCCUACCUAAGCCGAUGAUGGCGAAGGCUGAAAGGACGCUGACUAGCGAAUGAGAGCGCAAGCCACGCGAGGGACUCGCAGCUCAAGGGCCUAUCUGACAGCGGCCCAUACGGUUUAAUAUGUCUUCAGAUGGGUUAUAGAAGCAACAUGACACCGCAGGAUGGGGAAUUUAGAGCAUAGCGGGGACAGGCGUUAACGAGGCUGAUUCAAUCAUCUGGCUUGAUCCAUAUCCAAUGCCAACCCGACAUGAUAGGUCCUCCCGUCUGAGCCAUGUCCUAGCCGAUCCUGGUGGCCGGGA